AUGUCGAGCACCGACAUGCCAGCCGAGCUGAUCGGCGCCAGCAUUGAGAAGCUGCUCGAUGCGAACAUCCACUUGGUCCAUGAGAUGAGGGCGCUGCGUGCAGACGUUGAAGCCACGAAGCAGCGGGUCGAUGGCGUGGCCUCCUUCCUGCGCCAGAUGCAGUACGAGCUGUCUACCGAUGUUCCGCCAGGCGAUGGUUGCCCCUUGCAGGCGACCCAAUCGGAACCUGUGCAGCGUGCACCACCGGCUCUCUACGCCAUGCCGACCACCAGGCGCCGCGGCGGGGACUCCACGGUUUCUCACCUGAGCGCCGAAGCGAUCAUCUCGGCCCCGCCACACUCUACCGCUUCAUCGAAGUUGUCCAUUCCCAUCUCAAUUUCUGCCGAGAGCCUGUCGACCAACUGCUCGUGGGCGUCGCAUACGCGUCAGUCGAGCUCGAUCACCAACAGCCAGCCUAUCAAAGUGCCUUCUCAAAUCAGCUCGAUCUUCGAAGAGGGAUCGACUCGUCCCACCCCGAACAUCCGUGUCCGUUUCUCAGAUGAAAAGUGGCGCAACCAGCUGGCCAGCGAGAAGACGGCCGAGCUUCCGGGAAAAGACGGGUCGUCGAACGCUUGCUGCUCCCGGGACAUGAAGCCG